CCAUCUUAAGUUAUACUAACAUACAAUUAAAACAUUUAUACAUAAAAUGAGAGAUCCUCCCCUUCCUUUAACACUCCCAUUCUUUCCCCAUCAUCCUGUUUCUAUUAUAUGGCUUUUAUAUAGAAUUUAUAAAGGUUUUCAGCCUCAAUGUCAUUAUAGAGGCAUACUUGAUGUUGCAACUGCCUCAGUAUGGGUGACAGAUGCAUCUACUAUAGAUAAAUUAUGGAGAUGUGGGUAUUUUGGUAAAGGAAAUCUAAGUCGCAGCUCAUUAAGCUGGUCAAAACGAAUACAAAGAUUGUUUGGAUGGGUUAGCUCAAAUGAAGAGCUAACAAGUGAAGAACGUACUCAACUAAGACGUCAAGAACGUUUAGAAUUUAAGCAUCAGAGGGGUUUAAUUGAAAUGGAAGCAAUUGAUAAGAUUAGAAUUGAAGAAGGGAAAGAAAAGCAAAAUAUAGUUGAAGAUAAUAAAAGAAUAAUAAAAAGCAAAAAUUAUACAGGAAUACAAGUUAAAAAGACAGAAGAAUUAGAAAAAUCUAUAUUAGAAUUUGAACAUUUGCAAUUACAUCUUGAAGAAGCUUUUUUUUUAAGUUAUUCUCUUGGAAUUUUAGAUAUUGAUGUUUCAAAAUGCCUUUCAAUCAAAAAUUCAAUGGAAUUAUUAUUAUUAUUCUGUUCUUUAUCAUUAAUACAAAAAACUACAAAUGAAAUAGAUGCAGACAAUCCAUUUCUUGUAUCAUAUGUUGUAUAUCAUCAUUAUAGAUCAUUAGGAUGGGUUAUAAAAAAAGGCCUUAAGUUUGGAGUUGAUUGGUUACUAUAUAAACGAGGACCCAUCUUUUCCCAUUCAGAAUUUGCUGUUAUAGUAUUACCAUUCUAUCCAAAUAAUAGAAAAAAAGAAUUAUCAUGGCAUUGGUUACACUGUAUCAACAGAGUCAUAUCUCAAGUAAAAAAAACAAUUGUAUUGUGUUAUGUCCAAAUUCCUUGUGAUUCUGUUUUUAAAGAUGCAAUUCAAACAAAAAGAAUAGACCUUCUUCUAAAAAUGUAUAAAAUAAGAGAAAUAAGCGUAAAAAGAUGGAAGCCUUCACGCAAUAGAAAUUAGCUUUGUUUUUCACUUAUAAUUCUUACUACAACUUAUAUAUUCAUUU